AUGCCUGGUGGUCAUCCCAAAGCAUGGCCCGAAAUCAAGUCUAUUUUCCAGACUAUUGCUGCCAAGGCUCCCGAUGGUCAACCCUGCUGCGACUGGGUCGGUGAAGAUGGCGCCGGCCAAUACGUCAAGAUGGUUCACAACGGCAUUGAAUACUGUGAUAUGCAAAUGAUUUCCGAAGUCUACCACAUUCUGAAGGAGGGUCUUGGAAUCAAUGAUGACGAGAUGGCCGAUAUCUUUGAUGGCUGGAACAAGGAAGAACUCGACUCGUUUUUGAUUGAAAUCACCCGUGAUGUGCUGCGAUUCAAGGACACCGAUGGCUCCCCCUUGGUGGAAAAGAUCAUGGACAGGGCUGGCCAAAAAGGCACUGGCAAAUGGACCGCCAUCGACUCGCUUGACCGUGGUAUUCCUGUCACAUUGAUCGGCGAAGCUGUCUACUCUCGAUGCCUGUCGUCGCUCAAGGAAGAACGCACCCGUGCUUCCAAGAUCCUCAAGGGUCCUACCAACGGUGACAAGCAAAACUUUGUCAAGCAGCUCGGCAGUGCGCUCUAUGCGUCCAAGAUUGUCUCGUGUGCUCAAGGUUUCAUGCUGAUGCGCCAAGCUGCUCAGGAUUUUGGCUGGAACUUGAACUAUGUCGGUAUUGCCUUGAUGUGGCGCGGUGGCUGCAUCAUCUGA